ACGGCAUCAAGCAGCAGAGCAAAGGAGAAAAGAGAAAGAAAGAGAGAAUGAGUUAAAGCAACGUGCUAUUGAAAAAGAGAAACAAUUGCAGGAAGAGUUACAGCGUAAGAGAAUGGAAAUGAAAGAACAAAUAAGACUAAAGAAGCAGUUAGGUAAAGAUGAACACAAGAAACCUGUUGUGCCUGCUGUUACUACGUGCACCACUGUCAGUACUGCUUCGCAAUCGAUACCUCUAGCAACUACAUGUGCAUCUCAUUAUACUACACCUUUGAAUAAAUGUAUUACAACGACUACAUCUACAUGUGCUUCUUCCUAUCAAAUUACUCCAAUGAGUCAGGAUCCAUUACUGGUUGCUGAUAAUAAUUACGACAUUGCUGAGCUGAGCAGUGACGAUAGUUCUGAUGAUGAGGAUUGUCCGAAGAAGACCGUUCCUAUGUGGGCAGCUCCAAUGAAUCUCAACAGAAUCAUCUCAGAGCAAGAGCGGACUGAUCAUGACAUUGACAGCAUCUUUCCUCCUACUGAUUUGCUGCAGUCACCUAAUCUAGGAAAAAUAUUUGGUUUCUCUAAGAGGAGGUUUUUGAAGCGUACCAGUUCGGCACAGUGGACUUCGCCUAUGCUUAAAAAAACUCGUCCUCUUACUGAAAAUAACAAUUCAUCUUGAAAUUUUAAUAUUUAAUAACAUAAUAUCAUACUCACUACUAAAUUAACGUUUGAAUGAAUUUUAAUGUAGCUGUUCUCUUGCAAACGUGA